AUGUCCCAACCCAUUGUGUUUCAGUCUCCUAAUCACCCUGAUUUCCAAAUGGUAUCUAGUUCAUUCACUGGUGAUAACAGUGCAAUGCCUUACUUUCUAGACUCUCCAAUAUCAUGGAUAGUUGGCUCAUUUGGAAGCCGCUUCUAUCCUACUAGUAGUUGUUCCCCUGGUCAACUUCUCAGACCACUGCUGGAUAGUCCUAACGAAUUCAAGUGUGCCACGUUGUCAUCAUCUAUUGACAGUGACCGUGGUUCAAUUGUGAACACUCUUGGUGCCUUCAGCGAGGACGACGAAUUGUAUCACAACUACACAUGCUGUGGUAUACAGUCAGAUGACCUAUAUGCUUUGCUACAGCAUUUAGAAGAGGUCCAUGUUGUCGUCCUAGACCCGUUUGGUCACCCUCAGUUCCCAGUCAUCCCUCCUUUACCUCAGUCUAUUUGUAACACAACUGCAUCUUACUUCUCAGACCAUCAUCGACACCCUUUGUCUUACAAUCAAGGUGGCUUCGACCCAGAUGGCAUGAGACUUAAUGUCAAUCAGGGCAGUACACCUUCGUCACACGUACCAACACCCCCUGACACCCCCCUCACUGCCCCACUGUCAUCACAUCCUAAGAAUAUGCUUCUGGGGUUGUUGCCUAAGAUGAAGCAGUUCAGUUUGAAGUCAUACUCCAUUGGGAACAAGAGUAGUUAG